AACUCCUGCACGACUCUGGGCCUUCUUGGGACUUCUUGAUGCAGACGGAUUGAAUGCGUAGUAAAAAUGGCGGAGGUACAAACGCUUGCUUAGGGAGGAAGAGUAACUGUACUACACGUAUACAUACACGUAUGCUCAUACACAUUGUACAAUGAAUACAUACAUACUUCUUGUCUGAGCAAGGUUAUGCGCCGGAUUGUUUCGAGUUUCAAAGCGUGAUCAAAAAAAGACGAGAGUCAAAAUGGAUAUUAAUGUUAAAUUGGACGAACCUUUGACAAGUGAUGGUUGUGUGAAACUAGUGAUAGAACUUUUAAAAUAUAUUUUGUAUCAGAAGCAACAGAUACCGUUUACGUACGACUCGUUGACUCAAUUGCAAAUUAAUAUGAAAGCAACGGAUAGAAAUUCAUCUUCCAUAAAAGCAUUAUUGAAGUCUAUGAAAGACACGUCGGAACAAUUGAGCUCGCAAUUUCAUCUUAAUAACUGCAAAGUUAAAGGGAUUGCUAUACUCAUUGGUGCCACCAUAAUGUCGCCAAAGCUGCAAAUUAGAUUAGAAUUUCCAUUGGACAUUCUCAAUAGCCGGCAGCAUUGCGAAUAUAAACACGCGUCUAGGAAACCUUUAUUAAAUCUAAUGAGGUCCAUGUUAGAGUGUUCAGAUUUUCAAGAUGCAAUAUCUUCACCAAUGAGCCUCACAAACACCUUUGUGUUAAUAGAAAAAAGUGAUGGAAACUCAGUUUCUGAGUUUUUCUUACCAAAACCGCACUAUACACUUCCAGUAAAAAAUGCUAAUUGUUUUACAUUUAAAUUACACAAUAAUAAUCACAUAAAUAUGGACUGCAACUGUAUCCAUCUAGUAAAGAUUUAUAAUGACCUGUCGUCCGAGUCUAACAGUAAGAAAGAUAGCAACAGAGAAUUCUUGAACAAUUUAAAUGAGAACAUUGAAAAUAUUCCUUACAGGUGGUAUCAAUCUAAAGAAGUAGUUACA